CGUCACCCCUCUUCUCCUCUGUUUCCUUUUUCUCUCUGUGCCUCUUUCUGAAUGAACAUCCUUCGCACACGUCCAUUUACACGCCCAAAAAAACAAAUCAACAACUCCAAAUUCCGCCUUUUUUCUUUCCUAAAUCCAUACCCAAUAUUCAUCCCGAAUCGCCCAUGAUCAUCGCAUGCAUGUGUUAUUAGUCAGGACGUAUCAAUAUCAUGAUGGACGUUGGUGGUGAAUACCCAAUCCUCAAUAAACUAAUCGCCGCCGUCAAGAAACCAUCAUGGGCGUUUCCACUGCUUUUAUUUACCCUCGUCGUCAUUCUCAGCCUCCAAAUCACCACCAACGAAUCCGGGUUUCCAGAACGACCCGUUUCCGACACGGGUGUUGGCUUUUCUUUGUCCGGGUCGGAUACAUGUGAUGGGUCGUUGCCGGUGAGGGAGUUGAAGAUGUCAAUCGUGGAAUUUGGUGGGGUCGGUGACGGAGUGACGUCAAACACGGCGGCGUUCACGGAGGCGAUGAGGAAAAUGAAGAGUUUUGAAGGGAAAGGUGGGGCCCAGUUGAAUGUUCCGAGAGGGAGGUGGGUCACCGGCAGUUUCAAUCUCACCAGUAAUUUCACAUUGUUUCUUGAAGAAGGUGCUGUCAUCUUGGGCUCCCAGGAUCCGAAUGAAUGGCCUAUUAUUGAACCAUUGCCUUCUUAUGGAAGAGGGAGAGAGAGAUUGGGAGGGAGACAUAUAAGCCUAAUUCAUGGUAAUGGUCUCACAAAUGUUGUCAUUACAGGGCAAAAUGGAACCAUUGAUGGCCGUGGUAAGAUGUGGUGGGACCUAUGGUGGAAUAGGACUUUGGAACACACUAGAGGCCACCUUGUUGAAAUCAUGAACUCAAGAAAUGUACUCAUUUCCAACCUUACCUUUUGCAAUUCUCCAUUUUGGACCAUCCAUCCUGUCUACUGCAGUAACGUUGUAAUAAAAGACAUGACGAUAUUGGCUCCACUUAACGCCCCGAACACUGACGGCAUAGACCCAGAUUCUUGUACAAAUGUUUGUAUCGAGGAUUGCUAUAUAGAGAGUGGGGAUGAUCUUGUAGCCGUGAAAAGCGGGUGGGAUCAAUACGGCAUAUCCAUGGCUCGUCCAAGCUCCAACAUCAUUAUCCGGCGAGUGUCGGGCACCACCCCGACAUGUUCCGGAGUCGGGAUCGGCAGUGAAAUGUCGGGAGGAAUUUCAAACAUCAGAGUGGAAAAUCUUCACGUUCGAAACUCAGCAGCUGGUGUUCGAAUAAAGACAGACAAAGGUCGAGGGGGUUAUAUCGUGAAUAUCACCAUCACGAACAUUACAAUGGAGGGAGUUAAGGUGCCGCUAAGGUUUAGCCGAGGUGCCGAUGACCACCCCGAUGACAGGUGGGACCCAAAUGCCCUUCCGAGGAUAAAUGGUAUAUUCAUAAGUAAUGUGGUUAGUUUCGGGUCCAGAAAAGCCCCUAUGCUACAAGGGAUCAAAGGUGCACCUUUUGAAGGAAUAUGCAUGAGAAAUGUUAGCUUGCUCGGUCUACCGCCAACCGUCCGAUGGAAUUGUGAACACAUAUCCGGUUCCGUUAACGGUGUUUUCCCGUCACCGUGUCCGUUGUUGCAGAGAACUGCAUCAUUGACUUGUACGUAGCAUGCUGGAAUAAGAAUCACAUGUUCACAAACUCCUUGUCCCCUGUAUGUCCACCAAUCGUAUGAAGACACAUCAUUUUUUUUUGAAGAAAGAGAAUAAAAAGAUAAUGAUGUAUCUUCAAAUGAUUGAUGGGAUGUGACAGGUGGAAGUUUGAUGAUAUCAUCGGAAGGAUGAUUGUUGGCCGGCGGCCACCGGAGUACAACGUUAGACGGGCAGUGAAGAGGUACAACUUUGACUGCAUAGGUCAUACGUCUGUGGCAAUGCUGGCUACAUGCAUUGGUGAGUUGUAUCCAGUGCAUGAAAAUAUGCACUUAUUUAGCACACUUGAAAAGAGGGACCUUUUUUAUAUUUGUUUGUUUUUUUAUUUAUAUUUUUUUUUAUUUUGAUAAUGUAAAUAGUCAAAUAGAGAUGUGAUUUGUAUACGAUAAUAUAAUGAAAGGAUUUUGAAAGUAUUGUUUUACUGGUUUUGUACAAAUAUAUGU